AUGUUGGACAUCGUUGGCCAAAUCCAUCGGCUCCUCGAUGCUAUCCUUUGUUUUCUAAAUCUACUGCAGAGGCGUGAAAUUGGCUGGCUGACGGUUGAUCGGAAGAGUGGAACAUACAAGCGUGAGCAACAACCUAUAUGGAAAAAGAUCAAGCUCCUCUUGUUAUUCAAUCCCGUCACGGAGUGGAUUGAUCGGACUCGUCUUCUACGUUUUUGGACGCAUGAGGAAAGCAUCAGCGCAGGGCGCCGGGAAGGCGAAUUAAAGUCUCAUAGGCAGAUCAAAGGCUUUAUCGACUUUUAUGGCAUUGAUAUGUCUCAGUUCGAGCCCUCUGAUCCGGAAAAUUACAUCACUUUUGAAGACUUUUUUGUUCGGAAGCAUAGCCCAAAUGCAAGACCGAUAUAUGCCGCAAAUGAUCCAACCAAAGCUGUCGUUGUGGCUGACUGUCGAGUUGUUGUAUACCGAACUGUGGACGAGACUAAAGCCCUGUGGGUGAAAGGCAGCGAAUUCACGGUCGCGAACUUGAUCAAAGAUGAUCAGCUUGCAGUAACGUGGGAAAAUGGCGCCGUUGCAAGCUUCCGCCUUAGUCCGCAAGACUACCACCGGUACCACUCACCCGUUGAGGGAAAUGUGAAGUGGCAUAAGCACAUCUCGGGAGACUAUUUUCAAGUCGAUCCGGUCGCUUUGCACAGUUCGGUCAACAUUUUGACGGAAAAUGCCAGGUCUUGUGUCUGCAUCGAAAGUGAAUGCUUCGGCGAUGUUCUCUUUGUAGCUAUUGGUGCUACAGAUGUAGGGACAGUGGAGAUUCACGAUGAAAUAGAAAAGCCUGGCCAUCAUGUCAGGAAGGGUGAUGAGAUCGGUCUUUUUCAGUUCGGCGGUUCAAGCAUACUGGUGUUGUUUCAACCAGGCCGUAUCCAAUUCGACAAUGACCUAGAAAGCCUUAGCCGUCAGGAAAUAAUGACUGAUGUUGAGGUUGGAAUGAGCCUAGGCAAAGCGUGCAAGACAUCUGGACCCACUCCACGCAAAGGAUAG